AAAAAGAGUAGAGUGAAGAGCUCAGGUACCUUUGUCUUGUGCUUGACACUCAACUGAAGAGGACAAUGAAACACUAACAUCAUACAUCUUUGUUCUCUGUGGCCUCACUGGCCUGGUGAUGUCUGCAGAGCCACAACGACAAUGUUUGAGGGAGAAGGUCAUCACUUUCCCUGAGCUGACCACAAAGAACUAUGCACAGCUUUAUCCAAACGAAAGCAUGGAUCUCUCUGCAGCCUCAGUGUGUUUGAGAUUCUACACCGACCAAGAGAAUUCCAGUCCAUGCCUAUUUUUUCUGGCUGAACAAGGCCACCCUAAAGACUUUUCUAUGUUAUUGUCAAAUAAAAAAAAAUUCCAGUUGUACAUUCAUAAUGCUCUUGUUGAAUUUAAUGGGCUGCCAUAUCAUCUGAAUCAGUGGAACUCAGUGUGUGCAACCUGGGAUUCCAAAACUGGUCUCGCUCAGAUGUUUGUCAAUGAUGUAAGCAGCAUUAGGAAGGCAGUGGGCACUAAAAAUCCUUUGAAAGGAGAGCCUAAUAUAAUACUUGGGCAGUGUCACACCAAAUAUGAUGGGGGGUUCAUCAGAGACAAUAUAUUCACCGGUUUCAUAUCAGAUGUACACAUGCAUGCUGUGGUCCUAACGCCCCGUCAGAUUAAUUACUACAUGAAGGGAAAAAGGGAAACAUACAAACUUGACGAUUACAUUAACUGGCAUGCUCUUAAGCACACCAUUGUUGGGUCUUCUCAAGCGGAACAAAAGCAACAAGUAACCUUUAAUUUCAAAGAAUAAGAAAAUAAGAAUGAUUGUGCUGCAUUAUAACUGACAUUGUAAUGUCAUUUGAUGCUAAUAAACAUCUUGCAA